AGGGUCAGAAGGCGGAGGUAUGCCCAAGAUGGCGGCCUCCAUGUGCGACGUGUUCUCCUUCUGCGUGGGCGUGCCGGGCCGGGCUGGGGUCCCUGUGGAAGUCCGCUUUGUGAACAGCGCCAAGGGAAAGGGGCUCUUUGCCACACAGCUGAUCCGGAAGGGGGAGACCAUAUUUGUAGAACAGCCCCUGGUGGCUGCGCAGUUUCUCUGGAAUGCACUUUAUCGCUACCGAGCUUGUGACCACUGCCUUCGGGCCCUGGAGAAGGCAGAGGAGAAUGCCCAGAGACUGACGGGGAAACCAGGCCAGGUUCUGCCCCACCCUGACCUGUGCACUGUGCGCAAGGACCUCCACCAGAACUGUCCCCACUGCCAGGUGAUGUACUGCAGUGCAGAAUGUCGACUGGCUGCUGCCGAGCAGUACCAUCAGGUCUUAUGCCAAGGCCCCUCCCAGGAUGACCCCCUGCAUCCUCUCAAUAAGCUGCAGGAAGCAUGGAGGAGUGUUCAUUACCCUCCUGAGACUGCAAGCAUCAUGUUGAUGGCCCGGAUGGUGGCCACAGUGAAGCAGGCUAAGGAUAAGGAUCGUUGGAUCAGGCUCUACUCCCAGUUCUGUAAUAAAACAGCCAAUGAGGAGGAGGAAAUUGUCCACAAACUCCUGGGGGACAAAUUCAAGGGCCAGCUGGAGCUUCUGCGGAGACUCUUCACAGAGGCGCUCUAUGAGGAAGCACUCAGCCAGUGGUUCACUCCAGAUGGAUUCCGGUCUCUCUUUGCUCUUGUUGGGACCAAUGGCCAAGGAAUUGGAACCAGCUCCCUGAGCCAGUGGGUCCAUGCCUGUGACGCUCUGGAGCUGAAGCCUCAGGACCGUGAGCAGCUGGACACCUUCAUCGAUCAGCUGUACAAGGACAUCGAGGCAGCAACUGGCGAGUUUCUUAACUGUGAAGGAUCUGGCCUCUUUGUGCUGCAGAGCUGCUGCAACCACAGCUGUGUCCCCAAUGCAGAGACCUCCUUCCCAGAAAACAACUUCCUUUUGCACGUCACCGCCCUGGAGGAUAUUAAGCCAGGAGAGGAAAUCUGCAUCAGCUACUUGGACUGCUGUCAGCGGGAGCGCAGCCGCCAUAGCCGCCACAAGAUCCUCAGGGAGAACUACCUGUUCGUCUGUUCCUGCCCCAAAUGCUUGGCAGAGGCUGAUGAGCCCAACAUGACCUCUGAGGAAGAGGAGGAUGAAGAGGAGGAGGAAGGGGAGCCGGAAGCUGCGGAGCUGGGGGAUGAGAUGACUGAUGUGUGAUGUCAUCCUGCCGGAAGAGGGGGCCUUUCCCCAGAGCAGAGGCUUGGAAAGAACACCCCACUGCCGUUGCCUGCUUCCCCCCCUAUUCCAGCUGUUUCUGCCUGUGGGUAGGACAGGUUGGACCCUAGGCCCUCCACCUGCCACAGACCUCACGCCUUGGACACUGCUGCUGGGUAGCUCAGGCUCUGCGCUGCCACUGAGCCUCUCACAACUGGCUUCCCCCUGAGGUGCGGGUGUAGGUGGCUGGAACCAAGGUCGGGACCUCACAGUGUUUCUUCCCUUGGGCCCAUGGCCACACUUACCUUCCACCUGAGGCUUCACCCCCUCACAACCCACUAUGGAGGCGGUGACAGAGUAGCAGCCUGAGAACAGCCUGACUCCACUGAAGAAGAGAGGGGGUGAGACGCCCUUAACCUUCCCUACCUCUCACUGUCAUAGCCUGACCACUAGCAUAGCUGGCAGAGGCAGGAGGGAGGGUCUCCUUCCCCAAGCCUCUCUGGGAACACUGAACCGGGGGGUUACCUCCCUCUGCCCACCUCCCCACUCUCACCGUGUAGACAUCUGAGGAGUGAAGAUGAAACCUCCCCAGACUCCAGAAUCUCUGUAUCAUGUGCCUUGCCUCUCCAGCCCUGGCACAGUGGCCGCCCCAGAGGGGAUAGGAAAGGCCACUGCUUCCCACUGGAGGGGCACGUGGGCCCUCACUCCUCCUCACUCCCUCUCCACAUUGAGGACUCUAGCAGCAUGGCUGAGACUUGGGGAUCAAAGGCCUGUGCUCCUUAAUGUAGGAUGUUCUAGAGUCCUCUAGAACAUAGGUCAGUGAGGGGCUCUCUUGGCCACAAUCUCCAUCUUUAGGAUCUGCACAGAGGAACGCUGAAGUCUUCCAGAAACCUAGAGGACCUGGACUGGAUACUCAGUUUAGCCCUGACUGUGUCCCCCUCCUCCCCAGGUCAGCACUGCCCCUUCCUCUUGGGUGGGGAGCUGUGGAAAUCAUAACCCAUCCCCCGCAGUUCCUUUCUGCCUGGCUUCCGUGAGGGGCCUGCCACCAGCCCCUGCUGAGGGAUCCUAAGGCAGGCAGGUGCCGCCCCACAGGCCCUUUCCUGAACCACGAGCCAGGUAGAAGCUGCUUGUCUGGCCUACUGGGUUCUUACUCCUUCGUCACAGCCAGCACCCCCUCCUAUCCUGCCUGCCUACUAUUCUCAAUAAAACCUGAGUGGUGACAGGC